ACGUUGCUUCAUUUAUUAAGACGAUUCCGUUAAUCAUCUCAACGAUCCAGAAUUUCUACGUUGAAUUCGUUUCUAGACUUUCGAUUUAAGGGAGCAUGCGAGUUGAAGUUUCAAGGGCCUUCGUGGGUGCAGGGGGCAAUCGAUUUUAUGAACUACGACAGUUUUAUAUUAUGCAUUACUUUCAGGCACUCGCUACUCGAGUUAAUACCAGUUGACAAUAUUUCAUUAUCAGCUUUCCAAGAAAUAAUUGAACUGCUCGUUGGAGAGUUAUGGUUCCACCUGUUUUUGUUUUUCCAUGGUUUUUCGUUUUUUCGAAUAAUUUGGAUUUCAAUCGAAUUUUAGAUUCACCUCAAUUCGACGUAAAUUCAACUUUCAUGUAACUCAGAAUUAUCUUCAAUAAAGUUUCAAAUUAAAGUGAACUUUGAUAAGAUUUAACUUGAGCAAGAUUGAUUUAAGUUGUCAAUUAAUUUCGAGUCAAUUUUUGGUCGAAAGAAUUUUCGAGAGCAACGAGGCAAGAAAAUUUCGAAAAUUGUUCCCACGAAGCUGCUUAAUACUGGAACGAAAAUUCGUUUAAUCGAUAAACAUUUUGGUGGACGAAAUAAUUUAGUAUUACGAAUCGAAAAAAACGUGAAUAUUUCAAAGAAAGUUCGAUUUCGUUGAGGGUCGCAAUACUUCGAGGUUUUUCGCUGUCUUCAGUUCGACCUGGUCGGCGAAACAGUGAACAUGAACGUGGAGCGCGAGGAUAGAGAAUCUCGAGUGAACACAAUCAGUAGCCAAAAGGAUUUGGUUCCAGUACGAUCGAAAGCAGCUUAUUUUAAGAAAAGAAGCAAGAAAAGCUGCAUCUUCGUUCUUCUUGCUCUGGUGAUGGCUUCUCUCAUCGUCAGCGUUAUCAUUCUCGCCGUACUUUACUCGAGGUCCAUUCAACAUUUGUGCGACACUAAAAAUUGCUUGAGAAUUGCUGCUAGUCUGAAAAGAUCUAUGAACACUUCGAUAGACCCGUGCGACGAUUUUUAUGGGUACGUUUGUGGUCGUUGGUCCGAGGAACACGUGUCAGAAUAUUACAUUGAGAAUUCCUGGUUCAUUGAGAAGGACGAACACAUUCAACUGAGAAUCAGGAACCGCUUGAACAAAAAUUUGAUCGCCGCUGGUGUACCGUGGGCAAUUCUACAAGCGAAAAAUUUGUACGAGAGCUGCAUCGAUACGAAGUCUCUCGAUUCGCUUUCUCCACUUUAUUCGGUCCUGGAAGAUCUCGAUUUAUCAGACGCUCCCGUUUGGCUAUCAGAGAACCGCAGCGUCGAUAUUGUUCGACUAAUGGCGAGGGCACAGAAAAUGACGGGAAAAAACAUUUUCAUCGGAUUCGAUGUCGGUCUCGAUCCGAUGAACAAAAGUCGUAAUCUCAUUCAUUUGUCUAUGCCCAGUUCGCGCAGUCCCUUGCCAAGUUACAACGUCGAAGCUGAGAAAAAGGCGCAGCUUAUGAUGUCAUAUUUCAAGAAUAUCGAGGAAGCACUCGAAGAGGACCCCGAGGAUGAUGACGAUGACGAUGACGAUGAUGAUGAUGACGAGGAUGAAGAAAUAAUCUCUAAAUACGUUUACAUUUCGAACGUAGUUCGUGAAAUUGUCGCAGAUAGAGCAGAGUUCAAUUGUUCGGUCGACGAUGAUGGAAGCUUCGAGGCUGUGGACGCCGCCGUAAACAACGUGACGAUGAUAAUUUAUCAUAUGGACAAACUCUUUCGAUCUAUAGGACAUUGGCACGUAAACGACACCGUCGCUGACGAGGAUGUUACCAACGAAGAUUACAUUCUCGUAGAUUCGCUUCAGGAAUUGACCGAUCGAUAUAUCAACGAAACGAAUCCAGAUGUCGUGCCGAGAAAAUUGUGGCGUCCGUACAUCGAAGAACUCUUUAAGGACGUUGAACACUUCGAUUUCGACAAAGAUAAACUGCUGGUUCGGAAUAUCGAGUACAUGAAAGAUUGCGCUUACCUUCUGUCCUUGGCGAAGGACGUUCCCUUAGAAAUAACGAUUUGGUGGAUCCUCGUCGACAUGAUGGUUCCCCACUCGUCGAAUAAAUUGAGAUCCCAUUGGAAGGAAUACUUGAAGGAAGCAGCGGACUUUGAGCUGAACGAGCCUCGAUCAUUUUAUUGUGCUGGAGUCGUAAGGGAGAUGAUGGCAUUGGCUGCCGCAUGGCUCUUCGUCGAUCCGAAAUUCCACGAGAAUCAAGCCCACAAAGUCCGCGAAAUGACCGAAAAUAUCAGAACAGCGUUUGCAACGAGGCUCAUGCAGGUUGACUGGAUGGAUGACGUCAGCAAAUUUGCAGCUCUCGAAAAAUUACGAAAGGUCAUCUUCCUCGUUGGGUAUCCUGUCCAGCUCCUCGAAACCGAUGCUAUCAACGAAUACUACGAAGGGUUCGAUAUGGAAGAAGAGCGUUAUUUGGAAAACAUUAUGAAAGUGGUACGUCUGACGAGUCACGAAGAGUUGGAGAGUCUCCACAAAAUCGAAGACCCUGACCAAACUUACUGGGUCCUCGAGCCAACAGAGGUGAAUGCUGCUAACGCUUUGAGUCUUAAUCAAAUAACAAUUCCUGCUGGAAUUCUACAGUUUCCUUUCUACGAGCUCGGUCUCGAGGCUUUGAACUAUGGAGCCAUAGGAAUGAUUUUGGGCCACGAGUUGACGCACGGUUUUGAUACAGAUGGCCGAAAGUUUGAUUUCGAUAGUCAGCCUCGUCAGUGGUGGAAUAACGUGACGAUCGAUCAGUUCAACGACAAGGUCCAGUGUUUCGUCAAACAAUAUGCCGAUUAUUACGUCGAUGAGGUUGACGAUUACAUCGAUGGCGAACUGACGCUGGACGAAAACAUCGCCGACAACGGUGGCCUCCACGAGGCCGUGCUCGCGUAUAAAACGUGGAAGGCCAAACAUGGUCAAGAGCCAAUGCUCCCUGGCUUCACCCAUUUGACCCACGAGCAGCUGUUGUUCGUCGGCCUGGCUCACGCCUGGUGCGAAGAGAACUCUGAAGACGCCCUGCGGUUGGCCUUGGCCGACGAGCAUCCUCCGCAGCAUCUGAGAAUCCGUGGGAUCUUAACGAACUCGGAAGAGUUUAGCGAAGCCUGGAAAUGUCCUCUGGGCUCGGGAAUGAAUCCCGAAAAGAAGUGCCGAGUCUGGUGAAUAGCGAGGAGGGACGAGUGACGAGCUCUCCAGCUCCAAGAAACCGUUUGUAAUGUUGACGUCGGAGAUAUAAAUGUGGUUACGAAAUGCCAAGUGGUCAUGCAUAUUCAUUCGUCACCUUCGAAUUGUUAAUGAAUCUGGCAAGCGAUCACAAGAUUUGAUCCAACGUCGCUCUUCCAGCACCUGUGAAUCCGGACGACCGGAAUAAAAUUUUUAACAACUCUCCUA